AGCUGCUAAUCUUCCAGGCGGACACCGGGGCGGGGGGGCGAGAUGGGGCAUAUAGGUGGCGUCCGGGGCUGAGAAACACCUAGCGCAGGUAAAAGGGUGGCGGCGAGAGGGUGUUCCCACCUGUUGCGCUCUUAAAGAAAUGAGGACUUGAGAAAAUACCAAGGAGGGGCCGAUCGGUGUCUUUCGGACGCGCCUGGAGCCCCACCCUCGGCCGGAGGAAAAGCCCCUUGGGUGCGAGGCAGGCGCUUCAGAGAAAGCCAGAGGAAAAGCGCCUCUCCCCUGCGCGCCGCCACCUGUGCCUCGCACUCGCCCUGCGCGGCGGCCCAGACUGCAUUCCGGCCGCGGCCUUUGGCCCCGCCGAGCCUUCCCACCCCGGCCUCCGGCCGCCUCUCCGGCGACCCGUCCCAGAGUGCUCCCAUGGCGCCCGCGCGCCCCACACGCUCCCGGAGCGGAGCCCUCUGCCGGCAACUGCUGCUGACCCUCACGAUCUUAACAUUCACCUGUGAUGCCUGCAGAAAAGUCAUAUUACAUGUUCCCUCCCAACUAGAUGCUGAGAAAUUUGUUGGUAGAGUUAACCUGAAGGAGUGCUUUCAAUCUGCAAAUCUAAUUCAUUCAAGUGAUCCUGAUUUCCAAAUUUUAGAAGAUGGUUCUGUCUAUACAACAAAUGCUGUUCUUCUGUCCUCAGAGGAGAGAAGUUUUACCAUAUUACUUUACGACACUGAGAACCAAGAAGAAAAGAAAAUACUUGUUCUUUUACAGCAUCAAACAAAGGUACUAAAGAAGAGGCAUUCUAAAGAAAAAGUUCUAAGACGUGCCAAGAGAAGAUGGGCUCCUAUUCCUUGUUCAAUGCUAGAGAAUUCCUUGGGUCCUUUCCCACUUUUUCUUCAACAGAUUCAAUCUGACACUGCACAAAACUACACUAUAUACUAUUCCAUAAGAGGACCUGGGGUGGACCGAGAACCUAAGAAUUUAUUUUACGUAGAGAGAGACACUGGAAACCUGUACUGUACUCGGGCUGUAGAUCGUGAGGAGUAUGACUCUUUUGAGCUAAUUGCCUUCGCCACAACUCCAGAUGGGUAUACUCCAGAGCUUCCACUGCCCCUGGUAAUCAGAAUUGAGGAUGAAAAUGAUAACUACCCAAUUUUUACAGAAACAACUUACGUUUUUACAGUUUCUGAAAAUUGCAGAGUUGGUUCUACUGUGGGACAGGUAUGUGCAACUGACAAGGACGAACCUGACACGAUGCACACGCGUCUCAAGUACUCCAUCAUCGAGCAGUUGCCCGCGUACCCCACGCUCUUUUCCAUGCAUCCGACUACAGGCGUGAUCACCACGUCCUCAUCUCAGCUAGACAGAGAGGUAAUUGAUAAAUACCAGUUGAAAAUAAAAGUACAAGACAUGGAUGGUCAAUAUUUCGGUUUGCACACAACUUCAACUUGCAUCAUCAAUAUUGGAGACGUAAAUGACAACUUGCCAACAUUUACCCGUACUUCUUAUGUGACAUCAGUGGAAGAAAAUACAGUUGAUGUGGAAAUCUUGCGUGUUACUGUUGAGGAUAAGGAUUUAAUGAAUACUGCUAAUUGGAGAGCGAAUUAUACCAUUUUAAAGGGCAAUGAGAAUGGGAAUUUUAAAAUAGUAACAGACCCCAAAACCAAUGAAGGAGUUCUGUGUGUGGUUAAGCCACUGAAUUAUGAAGAAAGACCACAGGUGAACCUACAGAUCGGUGUCGUUAAUGAAGCUCCGUAUUCGAAAGAGGCUAGUUCACGAUCAGUCAUGAGCACAGCAACAGUUACUGUUAAUGUAAAAAAUCAGGACGAGGGCCCUGAGUGUAGCCCCGCAGUGCAAACUGUUCAAAUUAAAGAAAAUGUGCCAGCGGGAACAAAGAGCAAUGGAUAUAAGGCGUAUGACCCUGAAACAAGAAGUAGCAGCGGUAUAAGGUAUAAGAAAUUAACUGAUCCGAAAGGGUGGGUCACAGUUGAUGAAAACGAAGGAUCGAUCACGAUUUUCAGAAGCCUGGAUAGAGAGGCAGAGAGUGUCAGAGGUGGUAUAUACAAUAUCACAGUUCUUGCAUCAGACAAAGAUGGGAGAACAUGUACUGGGACACUGGGAAUUAUACUCGAAGAUGUGAACGAUAAUGGCCCAGUUAUACCGAAACGGACAGUGGUAAUCUGCAAAACUGUCAUGUCGUCUGCGGAUAUUGUUGCUGUCGAUCCUGAUGGGCCUAUGAAUGGCCCGCCCUUUGACUUUAGUUUGGACAGUGAUGCUGAUUCAGACAUAGAAAGAAAGUGGAGAUUGACAAAAAUUAACGAUACGGCAGCUCGUCUUUUCUUUCAGGAGGACCUUCCAUUUGGAACAUACAGAGUACCUGUCAGAGUCACAGAUAGACACGGCCUGUCCUUCAUCUCUCCAUUAAACGUUAUGUUAUGUGACUGUGUUACUGAAAAUGACUGCACGCUUCGCACAGAUGCGAGGACCGGCCAUGGAGUAGUGAGACUUGGAAAGUGGGCCAUCCUUGCAAUAUUGUUGGGCAUAGCCUUGCUCUUUUGUAUCCUGUUUACCUUAGUCUGUGGGGGUACCGGGACAGCUAAGCAGCCCAAAGUAUUUCCUGAUGAUUUAGCCCAGCAGAACCUCAUUGUGUCAAACACAGAAGCUCCAGGAGAUGACAAAAUAUGUUCCACGAAUGGCUUCACAGCACAUACUGUGGGCAGUUCGGCUCAGGGGAUUUGUGGCACCCUGGGAUCAGGAGCGAAAAAUGGAGGGCAGGAGACCAUUGAAAUGGUGAAAGGCGGACACCAGACCCUGGAAUCAUGCCGGGGGGCCGGGCACCAUCACACCCUGGAUUCCUGCAGGGGAGGACACGUGGACAUGGACAACUGCAGAUACACUUACUCCGAGUGGCAUAGUUUCACUCAGCCCCGUCUUGGUGAAAAGGUGCAACUGUGUAAUCAGGAUGACAAGCACAAACACGCUCCAGACUAUGUCCUUACGUAUAACUACGAAGGCAAAGGAUCGGUGGCUGGCUCUAUAGGUUGUUGCAGUGAUCGACAAGAAGAAGAUGGGCUUGAAUUUUUGGAUCAUUUGGAACCCAAAUUUAGGACACUAGCAGAAGCAUGCAUAAAGAGAUGAGUGUAUUCUAAGAAGUCUAUAAAAGCCAGUGGCUUUAUCUCCCUCCCACCCAUGCUUUUUUCAUUAUAAGCCAGGUUUUUUGAAAAAUAGCAGAUGCUAUGUUUCAGGUUUUCCCCUCUUUAUUUCGAUGGGAUCUCUUUAGCCAAAUGCAUAUUUACAGAAAAAUGCUGUAAAUAUGUAUACAAAUUUCCCAAGUUUUACAUAGUUAUUAAUUAGUUGUCUUCCACCCAAGGAGACCUAGAGAUAGAAAAAUUAAGGAAGUCUGCAUUAUUGUUUACAUUUGGGUAUAAUGACAAUAGCCAUUGUGCAAUAAAAUGUAAUGAACUCAAGUGUGUGUCAUACACUACUUAAAGUAUAACCUAAUAGAAAAUUGUAGAGAACUCGCUUUAACAUUAUCUUCACUUACCUAAUUCAUUAAUCGUUCGUGUGGUGGUUGAAAACUGCUGUUCUCCUAAACAUUAUAAAGCGUGUACAUUACAUUCUUGAUAAUGUUUUAUUCUGAUAACAUUACCUUUCUUUUUAAUGCAAAGGGGGAGUCCCAGCCAGGCAUUGACUGUUAAUACAAUUCCAUUUUGGUGGAGUUUAGUUUCUAUGUUUUAUUCUGUAUAAAAUCCUGAACUGAAUCUAUGUUUCUCUGUUACCCACCUUGUCAGCAAAGUUUAAGCUUAAAAACUGCUUUAAGAAUGUAUUUUUACUUCUGCAGGGUUUUGGUCCUUGGUCUCUCUCUGUCUCUCUCUCUCACUGUCCCUCUUUCUCUUCUCUUUAUUUUUUAAAUUUCUACUUGGGUUGGAGAGUCUAAAUAUUCUAAAAAGCCAUCUGUCUUCUAAAGCGAGUGAUUCUGUUUGUGUAUUAUGUAAGCGUAUUAUUCUCUGUUUCUUGAAAUCAGUGUAAUAUUGACAUUACUGUUUCAAGUAUCUUGGUCAUUGCUUCAUUAUUUCCUCAACAAAGGAACUUUAACUUUGACAUUGAAACUGAAAGUAAGUCAUGCUUUUAUUAGAUGCAACAUUCUGUGUGAACAAAAGGCUAUUUAAAAUUGGAAUGUGGAUAGUUAGUAUCCACAUAGAAUAUAAUAGCAUGUUUAUAGUUCGUAUCUUCAAUGCAAAGAUAUAGUUUUUCAAUGGGAAGUAAUGAUGGUUUUUGAAAUAAGCUUUGAGGUACAGGGGUCGUGAAAGUUCUCCAGGAAUAAGUAUUUUAUAACUUUUUAGAUGAAAUGACUAGUCGUAUCUGUGUGUUUGAGAAGUUUUGGGGUUUGUUUUUUUUUUUGUAUUUUAAGAUUACAGUUUUUAAUAAAUGUAGAGUGGGCCAAACUAUUUAUAUUUUGAAACAACAAGACAAAAUUAAACUUAACAGCCAACCAAAUUCUAGGCCAGAUUUCACAGUUGAUUUCAGUCAAUGAAUUUUCUAUGUAUACUAACCAUGUGGACAUUUUAAAUGUAUUUCUGAUAGCAACAGUUGUUAAUAAUGUGCCUAUCUUAAAUUCAUGACUUUGGCUUAUGACAAUUACUUUUAAAGAUUAACAUUGGGUUAAUCUUCUUCAAUAGUCAGUUUAUCUUUGUAAUAGUUUUAUUAUUGUUCAGUCAAAAAUACUGUUUCUCAAAGUUAUUUUAAAUAAAUCGUGUCUACAGUGUUGUGUAUGGCUAGGUAUAAGAAAGUAAAUUGAGUAGUUUCAAAAUGUUAGUGUGAGUUUGUUAAUCAUGUGUCCGAUAUGACCUUAUAAGAUUGUAUUCGUCUUACUUUGAGAAGCGAGUCCCUUCUUUACAAUUGUGUUCUACAUUUUUCAGAAUUUUAGAGUUUGAUAUGGAGAGAUCAUUGAUCCAUUGUUAUCACCACAUGUAUAUAAUUUUGCUAUUCUAAAGGUUGUCAUGAUAUGGGAUAUUGGUUAAGGUGCAUGGUUUCUGUGUGUGUGUGUGUGUGUGUGUGUGUGUGUGUGUGUUUUCCUUUAAUUUUGUCAUAAAAUGGGGGGUAAUGAUAUAACUCCUUUCCUAAGGUGGCUGUAAGACACUUGAAUAAAAAAUGGUUUUUAAGCAUGAAAUUCA